AUGAAAUUGCUCGACGUGGGUCUCGUAGCUUCCAACAUGUUGGUACUUGUGGCAAGUAGCUCACCCACAGGAAGCAGGACGACGGGAAGCUUCACGACGGUUGAGAGGCAAUUGACUCCGAACAAGUCUCUGGCUGAAGGCGAGAUCGACCGGUUGGUUCAACUUGAUGUUAGUGUGAUCAAGGACGGAGAGAGCCGUGAGCUGGGUGUACUUACGUUAGGGUUGUUUGGAUCGGAGCUGCCCAGGACGACCGCAAAUUUUGCAUGGGCCUGUGAAAAUCGCUAUGCCAACUCUACAUUCCACCGAGUGAUAGAUGGCUUCAUGGCGCAAGGCGGAGACUUCACUCGCCACGACGGGACCGGAGGUGAAUCGAUGUUUGAUGGGGCUAAGUUUGAGGAUGAGUCGUUUGUGUAUCACCAUGAUCUACCCGGAGCUCUCUCGAUGGCAAACGCCGGGCCAAACACGAACGGUUCCCAGUUUUUCAUUACUUUCGUGGAGACCAAAUACCUUGACGGGCACCACGUGGUUUUCGGGUGUUUGGUGGACGGCAUGUCGACUUUGAGACAACUCGAAACAAGAGGCAGCGACAGCGGGAAACCCGACGGUACCCUUGUCAUCAAUACCUGCAAAGUUGUUGACCUCCCAGCCGAUAAGAGCUCUAAAUGCUUCGACACAUCAGAAAUCAAAACGGACCUUUAA